AUGCUAUUACUGAUCAAAUUCCCCGAGAGUACUAGUUCUUCGAGGGGGACUCUUCACGUCUUACUCUUUAGAACCUCGAUAGCAUGCAUAUGUGACGAUCAACUCCAGUCGAAUGUCCCACGCCUCCAGUAUCACCUCCCUUCUUCUUCUCGUCACCCUGACUCCCCUUCCUCUUCUACUAUUCAUCAGGAUUAUACGGAUGCAACCCACCUCCGAGCUGUCCAUGACAACGACUAUUACGUUUCUCCUAAUCAGAUGCACACAGACUUUCAGACUGAUUUUCAGGAUCCCCCACAACCCCCACCUCAAAUUGACCCCAACACCCCUCUCACUUAUGAGCACUAUCUUAACCUCCAACAGAGCAUCGACAAUCUUCGACUCAAUGUUUAG